AAACGCGAUUGUUGCCAUAGACUUCGCGCCAUUCGAUACGCGAAGAUCACACGCUCGACACUUCCGAGUCCGCAUUAAAUAAAAACAAAAAAAACACUUUGUAGCUUUCGAGCGAAAACAACUUAUUACAUUUCAAUUUUUCAAGGUUUUUUCCUUUUCGCUGAUUCUGAAAACAGGCGAAUAUGGUGCCAACUGAUAACUGACUUACAGCGAAAAGCUAUUUACAUGCCGCAGAUGCAAAACAUUGCAUUAGUGAUCCAGCAAGUGUUGUGUUGCAUCUGGAAUAAGCAGUGACGUGUCGCUGUAUCAAAGUCCUAAAAUGUCGAUCAAUCGACCACAUCCAAGCAAAUAAAAUAAAAUAAACCGAAAUCGUGCAAUGAAUACACAAUGUCGUAUGCUACGUAUCAGCAAGAGUCUCUCAACAACACAGGCAAAGACUAUGAAGAAUACAGUGGUACCAUGGUAUGGUUCGUCAUCUACAUCAUCCUCAUCACAGUGACAGUGUUCGGCAACCUUUUGACUAUUAGUGCUAUUUUGUGCACCAGAAAGUUGAGCUCUAUCAUAGCCAAUCAGUUCGUCUUCAGUUUGGCCGUGAGCGAUUUGUUUGUCGGUCUCACCAUCCCCUACCAUAUGGCUUUCUACAUUGCCGAAAACUUUGGCACCGGAAAGCUCAACUGCUUACUCAGAUUCGUUCUGAUCUCAUUCGCUUGCUCCAGCUCGAUAAGUAACCUGCUGGUCAUCGCAGCUGACCGAUAUGUUGCUAUAGUGUAUCCUCUUCACUACAACAGGUUGAUAACUCGAAGAACUUCAAUGUUUUUAACCAUGUUCGCAUGGAGUCUGAGUUUUACUGUGGCGGCAAUUCCUUUAGUAUGGAACGAGUGGCAACUGGGAAUCAGUUGUGAAGUUUUUGAUGUGAUUCCGAACGACUACAUAAACUAUGUGCUUUGUCCUAUGUUUGUGCUCAUUUGGAUCAUGAUGCUGUUGCUGUAUUCGCGAAUAUGCCAGGAAGCUGCCGGUCACGCGAAGAGAAUGAGGAAUGUCAACAGCACUCAGAGUAUAGUUACUCUACGAGAUUUCAAAAGUUUCCAGGUAAUGCUGACGAUUUUGGGCUGCUUUACGAUUUGCUGGCUACCCUACCUAGUAAUUGCCGUCUACAGUCGUCAUCAUAGAGCGGCAAAAUCAUCGUUUUACUACGAAGUGGCGUUUAAUUUGGCAGUGGCCAAUUCCGGCAUGAACCCGAUAAUCUACGCAUGGAAGAACCACAAUUUUCGCGCAUCGUUCCUGCAACUGAUUCGCUGCAAAUCGCCAAACGCACAUCCUAGUGCGCAGUAUGUGACCAAUCAUGUACCCAGCAAGAAAAGUUCUUUAUCCAAUGGUGCGUGCAAUGCCGUUUUUGUGAAUGGGGACGAAGACAAAUGUGCCUCGAUUUGUGAUAAAAUCGAGUUGACGAAUAGCAACUCGGAUAGAGGCAACAUGAACGCGAAUGAGAUUGCAAAAGUCAAUAAUGUUCGUGCUGAAACUGUCUGAACUUGCAUGCAUGUAAGCAGAAAUUGAACAUGCAUUAAAGCCGUCUGGAGCGAAUAAAUUUCCCUUUUAAUGACCUCGAAGGUAUCAAUGGAAAACAUUUCAAAAACCGUUGACAAGAAAAUUGGAUAUCCUUCACCCGUCAGAUCUACGAUAUGUUGGUGGAAAACACUUAUUCAAACGUAUUUAAUUGAACUUUAUAUGGAAGUGAAACAUUGUGAAAGGGCAAAACAAUUUUUAUCCAAGUAAUAGUUUAAAGGUGCGACUUUUAAUAUUUGAACUGUCCGUUUUAUUGAUUCAUAUGUAUAUUCCACAAUGAUGGCAAUUGGCCAAAUACUGAUGUAUACUUGUAAAUUCCAUGAGCGGAAUUAACCGUGCAAUGUUGCUUUAGAGGUAUUUCCUUUUGUAAAUACAGAUAAUUACUCGAGUAUUAAAUGUGAAUAUUUACAUAAUGUAUUGAACUGAUGUGAUAUUAUUUUGCUAAAGUAUAUUUAAGUUGCAAUUAUAAUGGACUUGAAGUUUA